UGGAGCCGCGCUGCGUGUUCCCGAUCCCGGCUCCCUGUUCCUGGAUCCCUGUUCCUGGAUCCCUGAUCCCGGCUCUCUGAUCCCUGAUCCCGGCUCUCUGAUCCCUGAUCCCGGCUCUCUGAUCCCGGCUCCCUCCGCCGCCCCGAGCCGUGCCCCCGCUGCGGGCCGGCGGCGCGGGGAUGGGCGCGGGGCUGUGAGCGCGGCCGUGAGCCGUGGCCAUGGGGAACAUCUCCUCCAACAUCUCCGCCUUCCAGUCCCUGCACAUCGUCAUGCUGGGCCUGGAUUCGGCGGGCAAGACCACGGUGCUCUACCGCCUCAAGUUCAACGAGUUCGUCAACACCGUGCCCACCAUCGGCUUCAACACGGAGAAGAUCCGGCUCAGCAACGGGACUGCCAAGGGCAUCAGCUGCCACUUCUGGGACGUGGGCGGCCAGGAGAAGCUGCGCCCGCUCUGGAAGUCCUACAGCCGCUGCACCGAUGGCAUCAUCUACGUGGUGGACUCAGUGGACGUGGACCGGCUGGAGGAAGCCAAAACGGAGCUGCACAAGGUGACCAAGUUCGCGGAGAACCAGGGCACCCCGCUGCUGGUCAUCGCCAACAAGCAGGACCUGCCCAAAUCGCUGCCGGUGGCCGAGAUCGAGAAGCAGCUGGCCCUCCACGAGCUGACCCCUUCCACCACCUACCACAUCCAGCCCGCCUGCGCCAUCAUCGGCGAGGGGCUGACGGAGGGCAUGGACAAGCUCUACGAGAUGAUCCUCAAGCGCAGGAAGUCCCUCAAGCAGAAGAAGAAGCGGUAGAAGCCCAGCCGAGGCGGGGAGGGAUGGGGGAGCAGACAAAGGAACCGAGGGGGAGACAGAACCAAAGCGAUUCUUUUGGGUUUAAUCGUUCUUUUUUAUUUUCUUUUUUUUUAUUUUUUUCCUCUUAAUUUUUUCCCCCCUCCCCAAAGGACAGACAAUAGUGGUGAUAACAAAGCGGCUCCCGCCAGCCGAGCCCAGAUCCCGGAGCUCCCCUCUCCCACCGCCCCGUGCUCCUGAGGGUCUGAUCCGGACUCCUUUGGGCUGGAAACAUGGAAAAACGGGAUGAAUCCCCCCUCUCCAUCCUCCGGGACCACCGAGCCUUUGUGUGCCGGGGAACCAACAGGGCAGGACCCUGUUGAAGUGCGUUCGAGCGGAGCCCAGCGUGCUUUUGGAUCUUUAACGUGGGCAUUUUGGGGCGGGGGGCGUCGUUGCCGGCCCCCCACAUGCAUUUUGGGGCGGGGGGUGCGGAUUCAUCGUGGCUCUGCAAGGUCAGCGGGGAGGGGGCUUGCAGUCCUUAUCCCUGCAUCCCCGCAUCCCUGGAUUCCUCCCCCGCGGGUGGCGGUGGGAAGAGGUGUUGAAAGGUUGGAGGGGGGGUUUGGACCUGCAGAAAAUGUCUUGGAGGGGUGGAUGUGAUGGGUAAGGGGACAUCCACACCCACCCUGGUCCGUGUUUUAGGGUGCAGAGCAAGGACGGGCAGCCUUUGGGGAGGGGGGGAGGAUGCGACACUGGGGCGCUGAGCAGCUGCUGAAUGGGGCAGAGCUUUAAGCUCUUGGCUCAAAAAAAGGGGGAAAGAAGGAAAAAAAAUACCCAAGGGUUUGGGGUGAACGCUGCUGGAAGCAUUGGGGGUGGGUUGUGAGGCACCCCCAUUUCUCAAAGGCUCGGUGGUGUCACCUUGUGCACCAAAGCUCCCCGCAGGUGUGCACGGUCCCCGUGCUCAGGGUGCUCCCAGGUGCGGCUUUGGAGGUGAUCCAAACUAGGGGUUACUUGGUAAAACCCCCACAAAAAAAGGCAGAGUUUGGGGUUCUGGCCACUGUGCUGCUCUGCAGUGGGGCAGGAGGCCAAGUCGAGGGAGGAGGGGGUGGUGGGUCAUGGCAGGGCAGGAUGGAUGGAUGAACAAACAGAGGUGGCCAGAGCCUGCAAAAAAAAUCUCUGCUGGAAAGGGAAAAUGGCAGGGGGUGAAGAGGCAUGGGGGAAUUUGUGGUAGGUUUUUAAUAAAGAUUCAAAGCCAAUUAAAAGCCCCUCGCUUUCCCCGGUAGCCACAUGGGCAAGCUCUGCCUGCAGAGCAGCCUGAGCGCCCGGGCAGGGUCGGGCCUGGCCGCCUCCUCCUCCUGCAGGUGAACAUUUUGGUACCUGCAUGGAGCUGGCCACCAAAAUCCACUUGCUGUCUGUGUUUCAGCUGGAUCUGGCUCUCCAGGGUCCUGGCUUCCCACAGAGCUGAAGCAGGCAGCCCUCAGGGGACAAAUAUCCUGAAUUUGGAGGCAGGCAGGAUUUUCUGGUGAUUUUGCACCAGAUUUCCCAUUUGCAAACCCCUUCCCAGAGCAGCCAAGGGGAAAGCACCAAGCAGCCAAAAGCAAAAUGCCCUUCGGGUUUUGGGGAGUUGAUCCUCCCCUUGCAGCGACGAGCACCUUCCAAACAGCAUUUUUUGGGGGUGGGUUUGGUAGGGAACAAAUGUUGCAGCCGAGUUGUUUCUUCUCCUCUUGCGGGGUUUCAGUUCCCGGCGCGAGUCCCGACUUGUGUGGGCUGGUCCCAUCCGUUCAGGUGGUUCUCUUCCCGCUUCCUCGGGUUUCCCUGCUUUGUCUUCACCUCCAACACUUUGGUACUUGCUGUUGAGAGAGAAAAAAGAAUUAUUUAUUUUUGAUGCCACAGAAGCCACAUGUAUUAACCCUUUUCUGGGAGAGCGACCCGUUUGAAAUGUAAAAGCUGUGUUGACCCCAGCAGCUCCAGAGGGAUCAGGUUUUUGGAAUGACACGUGCAGGAUGUUAGUGGGGGGUUAUUUUUUUUUAACCUCCUGGCUGGUCUCGGUUUAGCAAAUGCCAGCAUUGGAAAAGGCUGUUUUUGCAGAGCUGGGUCCUUCCUGGGAGCUUCCAGCUGAGCAUCCCCUUGGAGAGAUGCUGGAAGGUUCGGCUGGGCCGGGUGGGAUGCUGUGCCCGUGCCUUUGCCAGCCACUCUGCUUUCUGCAAUAAUUAAAAAGACUUUUCCAACGAGUAGCUCCUGGCUUCCGUGGUGUUUCCGUUCCGCCACCACCCGGUUUUACCCCAUACCCCAUGUGCCGACGAGCGUCGCCCUCGGUGGGCUGCAAGAAGAGGGCCCUCAGCAGAGCAGCUCCCAAGGGGAGCUGUCUGGGCUCUUUGCAAGGUUGUGCAUCUUCUCAGAUUAGAGAAUUACAGUGACCUGGGUUAUUUUGGCAGGUCUCGUUCCCCCAGGUCCGUUUGCUGUGUUCCCAUCGCGAUAUCCCGCUGCCCGUGUCCUGCCCUCGCCUUUGUCCGUCACUCUCUGUUCCUCCCGUCUUUCCUUUUUUUCUUUUUCUGUUUUUUUUUUUUUUUAAAGAUGCAGACAUA